GGUAUUGGCUGGGGUGGAACAGUCCUGUAAUGAGUAGAUUUUAGAGAGACGGAGAGAUAGAAAGAGAAACAGCGAUAGGCUGGAAAAGGCAGAGUAGGACGGAUGACUUAGUGGAAUCGAGGAUACAGCAACAACCCAGAUUGAGGCCGGUGCUGAAAUGGAGGAGACAAAGAGGAGAGGAUGUUUUUCCUCCUGCUGCUUCUCUUGACAUCUUCAGAGGAGAGACUCUUUACCUCAGAGAGGAGGGAGGAAGGUUUGACACUGGACGUAUUCUGAGCAUCGUCUGUGUUGUUAUGGUGCUUAGCUUGUUUCGGGCCCGGCCAGGAAGACACAUCUCCAACUUCUCCCAUUUUUCUGCCAUCGUACCAGUGCAGCAGCAUCCGCGUCUGUGUCGGUGCGGCAAGGAUGCUGGGAUGCUGUAAUGUCUAAUUGAGCUCAGUCACUGCCGCUGCCACUCCGUGGGCCUGUGGGACUGCCGGAGAAACCUAGGCCUCACUUGCCUUGAGCGCCCCGCCGCACGACGGAGACGACAGGCCAACCAGCUUUUGGGCUGCAAGGAGGGAGUCGUGGGGAAGGAUGAGAGGCGCUCUCAGGUCCCAUGCCCGUGGGAAGCAACGCCACAGCAGCCGCUUUCGUCACUCCAGAAUCCUCUCUGUGGCUUUAAUUGCUCCUGCAACAUGAAGUGACGCUCCUUGGAUGUCUUCGUCUGCUUUACAGCCAGGACUUUACACCUGAUAGAAGAGGAAGAGUCUGGAGGCCUGUGCCUUCAUGCUACCUGCUUCAAACAAGGCCCAGUCAGUCUUCACACCACCUGAGUGAGCCGGCACUUUUUCCACUCUUUCUUGACAUUCUAAGGAUUUGCCUAAACCUGUUUCAUGCAUGUCCACUGGAGGCAGGUUUGACUUUGAUGAUGGGGGGUCGUACUGUGGGGGGUGGGAACAGGGUAAAGCCCAUGGCCGAGGGGUUUGCACUGGGCCUCAGGGUCAGGGCGAAUAUGCUGGGACUUGGAGCCAUGGCUUUGAGGUCCUGGGUGUGUACACGUGGCCCAGUGGGAACAGCUACCAGGGCACCUGGGCACAGGGUAAGCGGCACGGCAUCGGCGUGGAGAGCAAGGGCCGCUGGGACUAUAGAGGGGAGUGGACACAGGGGUUCAAAGGACGUUAUGGGCAGCUGGAGAGCACGGCCAGCGGUGCCCGCUACGAGGGGACGUGGAGCAACGGUCUGCAGGAUGGAUAUGGCACUGAAACCUACUCGGAUGGAGGCACGUACCAGGGCCAGUGGCUGGGGGGGAUGCGUCAUGGCUAUGGCGUGCGGCAGAGUGUGCCAUACGGCAUGGCGGCCGUCAUCCUCUUCCCCCUACGAACAUCCAUAAACUCUCUUCGCUCUGAGCACAGCCACGGCCCCCCUGCUGUGCUGGAGGACAGCACCGCCACAACGCCCACAGAUGGGGUGGUGGCAGGGUUGGCCGGCAGCCCUGUGGGUCGAGGUGGGUUUGCUCUGACCGCUCCCAGUGAGGCAGAGCGGCAGAGGAAGAGGAAGAACCGCUUCCGGCAGUCCAUCCUGAGUGGCCUGAAGCUACGGCGCUCCGAGUCUAAAAGCUCUCUCGCCAGUCAGCUCAGCAAGCAGAGCUCCUUCUGCAGCGAAGCUGGCAUGAGCACUGUUAGCUCCGCAGCCUCCGACAUACACUCCAACGCUAGUGAGAGUGAACAGGGGGCCCCUGUAGACGCUACGGUUACAGAAAUGUACGCUGGAGAGUGGCGUAGUGACCACAGGGCUGGCUGGGGGGUGAGUCGACGCUCCGACGGCCUGCACUAUGCAGGUGAAUGGGCAGGCAACAAGAGGCACGGCUACGGAUGCACCACUUUUCCUGAUGGCACCAAGGAGGAGGGGAAGUACAAGCAGAAUGUGCUGGUCAGUGGCAAACGUAAGAACCUUAUCCCACUGCGAGCCAGUAAAAUCAGAGAAAAGGUGGACCGGGCUGUGGAAGCAGCAGAGAAGGCCGCGGACUUUGCCAAGCAGAAGGCAGAAAUCGCCAUGUCAAGGAUGAGCCACGCUCGUGGGAAGGCAGAAACAGCUGAGGGAGUUGCUCAGAAGGCAACGGAAGAAUGUCGACUGGCCCGGAUAGCUGCCAAAGAACUCUCACCCUCUUUUCACAUCUAUGGCAACGGACUGGAAUGUCAGCGGCCAAAGCACCAGGAUGUCAAGGACAAAGACCACGAGGUCAUCUCCACAGGAACUGAUAGUCCAGAGCUGUGCACGCCGGACACUACGCCGCCCGUGAUAACGCCUGAGCUCAGCCCCUUGCCUAGCGUACCAACGUCUCCCCCUCACAGCCCCCUCAAGCAUGGCCACCGUCCCAGAAAUGCGUGCUUCAUGAGGCAGAGUGCCGUGGAUGAUCAAGGCGGGGCGGAGAUUCAGGUGCUGGUGGAGGGUAGGGGGGUGGAUCUGCCAAAGCGGGGGGCCAACAAGUGGACUGAUGACAUGUAUCCUGAUCGGGGUAGCAGCCGCUCCACAACCCCCUCGCUCCUGGAAGAGCAGGAAGGCCAGAUUAACGGCCAUGAGCAAGCACCUGUGUCCAAUCACAAACCUCGGGACAAGUCCCAGACAAAUCACAAGUCCCGAGAAAAAGCUUCCUCCUACAAAACGUGGGACCACUCCAACCAAAAGCUCUCUAAGCAUGCUUCUUCCAAUCACAAACCACGGGAUUACUGCUCAUCCAAUCACAAAACAUGGGAUCAUUCUUCCACCAAUCACAAGCCCUGUGAGCAUGCCUCUUCCAACUACAAGCCCCAGGUGCACAUCUUAUCCAAUCACAAGGCCUUGGAACACAACAUGUCCAAUCACAAGACUUCUGAGCAUGUUUCUUCCAAUCAUAAACCCCAAGAUUAUAUUUCCUCCAAUCACAAUGCAAAGGACCACGUCUCCUCUGGUUAUAAGCCUCUAGAGCAUGUCUUCUCCAACCAUCACGUAAAGCAGCACAACACUUCCAACCACAAGCUUCAUGAGAAUGCUGGAAUCGACCAAAGGCUUGACUGCCUCACAGAGGCCUGGACUGCUGAGAGCACCCUUCGAUGGAGCCCCGCCCACACGCGCCUCACGGAGCACGAUGAGGAGAGGAUGAAUGACUAUACGGUUGAUAUGCGGCUCCAGUUUCCAGACUCUCAGACACCCAGGGGGAUGGGUAAAGAGUCCCCGGCACCCAAUAACAGCAAGCUGCGAUCUCGAGGCUUAAGGCCGGUCCGAGAGGGAUCGAUGGACUCUGUGCAGAUGCUGGACAACCUGAAUGUGGCAACAGAGCUGGAGGAGUGGCCACUGCACAGAGACCUCACCCUCUCACCACCGCUCAAGUCUCAGCCCAUUACUCUGGAGCAGGAAGGAGAACGCCUCAUCCUCAAAUCAAACUCAGGCUCCAGCUCUAUCCUGGUGGUUAUGGUCAUUUUACUCAAUAUUGGAGUAGCCAUUCUUUUCAUUCACUUCUUUAUUUAAGCUUAUAUAGAGGUAUGAUCUCAAAAGACUUAUUGAUAUAUGGUAUAUUAUAUUAUUACUGACAGACUUCCUGCCUAUUCAACUGGAGCCCACAGCCCAAGUGAUGGACACAGAAGAGCCUUUCUAUUGUGAUCACCUUUGUUAUUGCCAACCCACUUUCUAUGGCAGUUCUGUCCAUUUCAACAUGCUUUUGUUUAACUCCAAGCAACAGAGGUUCUUUAUCCAACUCCGUCACAUGAAGGUGCAGCUCCUAACUUCUACGUUGUUUAAGGUCACAUGCAUGGUGGUUAGUCGACGACUGUUGCUCCUUGUUCCACAAAUCUUCCAAAUUCUGGCUGUCUGAAGCAACACUGCUAACACAUACGUACAUCCUCCUUUUUCUUUAUUUCUUCCUCUUCUAACCUGUACUCGCACUAUGCGCUACAUAAAGAACUAUGCUGCAAGAGUAGAUCCAUUUUAAAGGGCUCUGUCAUUCUGAGUUUUGGUUCUCUUUCAUCACAAACUCACACACAGCAGUUGCAUGAGGCUGUGUGGGUUUUAAGUGUGUUUUAUAUCCCUUUAACAUCAUUUCUUUGUCUUCAUUUGUGCGCACUUUGUCCUGAAGAUCGCAGAGAUUUGGAAGGUAGUGCCAUGCAACUGCACAUUAAUCUAGAGGGAAACAUGCAUUAAUUACCAAACAUAACCCACUCCUGGCGAAUAAUACGAUCUAGAAAACUUCUGCAUUUAUUAUAAGUGAAGUGGAAUUUUAUGUCAACAUGCACAUUACUUCACAUAGUCACUGCGGACAUACAGGCCAAUCCAGCCUUGCCCAUUUGUACAGCCUUGAGACUGUUAUGUUAUGACCACUAAUUCUACUAUAAUAUAUGUAUGUCUCAUUAUUGGAGUUUCUUACUUUUGCAGUUUGCAAGACUGAGUGAAUGCUGAGUGCCUCAUUAUUUUCUUUUACAAUUUGUUACAAACCCAAAUAAAAAAGGCCCCAAGACGACAGGCUCAGAACAGGCAAAAGGAAAUCCUACACUUUUCCUUCCUCACACACUCUCCUUCACCCUGAAAUGGCAUGCACUGUUUUGUCUCUCUGCUCCCAGUCCCCGUUUUUGGACCAGUCAAAAGGAAAAUUGAGUUUUUACGGUAUACUAUAAUGACACAUUGUGGGCCGGAUGAGAUUUUUUCAGCAUGUUUGUUUAGCCUGCUCAAUCUGGUGUCCGUUUGUUACCUGCUCCCGCUCCUCUCUGUGAUCCAGCCACAUGAGCAACAUAUGAGACAUGGAGAGCAGUGUAAAAUAAAAAGCUAGCUUUUAACUCUCAGUGGAUACGGAACAUGUCCUGAGUUUAUGAAUGAUAUAAAAAGAAACUCUCUGCUACUGUAUGUUUUCUACUUCGCACCCUUUGGCAUCACCACGUUGUGACAUCAUUGCAUGCCCAAGCAUGCUCUUUCUUACUCUUUGGUUAAGAGGUUGUUUCGAAGUUAAUGUGGAGAAAAUAAUGAAAUGUUUGAAAUGAAGUUAUUGUGUGUGGUUUUUUUUCCUCAAAUGUCACGUUACUAGUUCGAAGUUACACUUUCAGGCAAUGUUCAUAUUGUGGGAACAAUUGCUUGGACGAAAGGUGGUGCAGAAUGAACAGCAAAACAUUUCGUUUUGUGAUUUUCACUGGACACGGGAGGAAUAGG